UGUGGAUCCCGCGGAUUAUCGGUAUUUAUGUUAUUGUUGGCGAGACAAUUGGUAUAUUGACACCCGUGUUUGUUUUGGUCUGCGGUCUGCGUCAGUAAUGUGCCAAUCAACCACGUCCGCGAUCACUUUUAUUGAGCGUGAAAAAGGUUAUUCGGUGACAAAUUAUAUCGACGACUUUGGUGGCGCCGAGAUCGCACCUCUGGCUCCCGCGGCGUUUGCCAGCUUACAAAGAACAAUAAACGUAUUAGGACUCGAGGAGGCGCCUGAGAAGGCUAUCCCACCCUCAACUUGCAUGACAUGGCUCGGGAUAGAAUUUGACACCGUUGAGAUGGUCCGCCGGGUUCCGUCUUUUCGUCUUGAAGAAAUCUCCAACUUGGUAGCGCAGUGGCUAAUGAAGAGGAAGGCAACCAAACGUGAAUUACAGUCCCUCGUCGGCAAGCUUGUCUUCGUUUCUGCGUGUGUUCCCCCCGGCCGGCUGUUUGUCUCACGUCUGUUAGAGUCCUUACGUAAACUCCGUUGUAAUCACCACCGAUGUCGAUUAUCUCGCGAUUUUCGGCGGGACUUGGAGUGGUGGCGCCGCUUCCUCCACGAGUUCAACGGGGUCUCGCUGAUCGCGUCUACCGUCUACACCGCACCGGACGACAUCGUCGCAACAGACGCGUGCUCCUCGGGUUGUGGCGCUAUUUCCAAUGGUCAGUUCUUCCAUGCCAUGUUCCCUGACUUCGUGCUUCGGCGAUAUUCGCGACGUCUUCCGGUACACGUAUAUCGACACCGUCGAGACCUGCGUCGUCUCCGCGGACAGAACACGAAGCUGCCAAAGGCCCCGCGACGGCCUCGCGACCACGGAUUACGAGGUGACGCGCAUCGUACCCGAGACAUUGAUCAUCGCCGAGAUCUCCGACGCCUUCGCGGUCAAGCCAGUCGGACUAAAUGGGCAGCGUUUGCCGAAGGAACGUGGUCUAAUCUGCGGACAAUUCUCCGGACGUACCUUCUCUUCUGUUUCUUCUAUUGGAUUUCUCCGUUCCCAGCCACGGUGGAUACGCUAGAAACGUUCGCGGAGUUUCUUGCCCGCUCCUUCAAGGCCCCCGCGUCGAUCGCGAACUAUCUGGGUGGACUUAAAACGCUGCAUGUACUCUUCGGCUACACCGUGGACGCUUUCCUGUCUACAGACAUUGCGCUGUUACAAAGAGGACUCCAGAGGCGUCUGUGCCACACACCGAGACAGGUCGCGCCAUUCACGCCGGACAUACUGCUUCGUAUAUAUGAACAUUUAGAUCUUAUGGACCCGUUUCACGCCACGAUGUGGACCCUGAUUCUUCUCAGUUUCUUCACGUUUCAAAGGAAAUCCAAUUUCCUACCGAAAGGCAAGUUCGAUCCUUCCAAACAAUGUACGAUUCACGACUUCACACUUUAUAGGGAUUCUCUGUUAGUGCGUAUUCGCUGGUCCAAAACCUUACAGUGCGCCGAACGUGUGUUGUCAAUUCCAGUCUUAGCUAUUCCCAAUUCCCCGUUAUGUCCGGUAGCGGCAUUUCGAAACAUGCUACGGUUAAAUGCUAAUUACAGUGGUCUCGCUGUGUUUACAGUUCGCUAUUCUUCUCGUGUAGUGCCAUUGUCGCAAUCAGUAUUUGAUAACGCAUUCAAACGUGUGUUAGUUCAGGCGGGUCUGAACCCACAGUUGUAUUCUUUACAUAGCGGUCGCCGGGGCGGGGCCACGUUCGCCUUUCGCUCCGGGGUCCCGGUAGAAUUGAUUAAGAUUCAGGGCGAUUGGCGCUCACAAGCCUACCUACUGUAUCUAAAAGUACCACUACGGAAACGUUUGGAGCUAUGUACUAAGAUGAUUAGACGUAUCCGAUCUACACGCUAUCCACCACCGUAACAGCACACUCUCGUGUACGCAAAGCUUCUACCCAUGUUCCACAUUAAGUUGCUAGAUGUAGCGUUGAGUACUGUUCAGUUCAAGACUGUUGUUUUUACUAGUCUCCGUGCACGAUGUAAUUGUUAGUAUGACAGUGUUUGUAUAGCUUGUGACACGAUUCGCAAUUAUCACCCGUAAUCUCGAUGUAUGUUUUUGCUUAUCUUAUCUUACGGAGAGAGGGGUGGUGUGCGGGUCCUUUUAUUUUCCUUUUUUCUCCACUGCGUUCUCUUGCUUUUCCCAACCGAAAUUCUUUUCCUCCCUAAAAUUUUCUUCCUUUUUUUUUCCGAUACGGUUUGGCCUUACUUUUGGCGUGCUUCUGUGGAAAAGUACGAGAAUAAAUCUUUUCCCUUUGUUUGCCAAACGCGUUUCGACUCCAGUUGCUUUUAGUUAAUUGUGGAAAAAUGUCAGUGAUGUCAUUUUUAUUAAUUUACGACAACCCCGUCUCCGGUCUUUGUCUGACCUCCCACGUGGUCACCGCGUGUCAGUCCUUGCCUCUUCACACUUCCGCACACCACACCGGGGCUCUCAUUCUGUGUUUCGUCCGCGGGAAGCGAGGCGCACGGAGACUCGCUCCCCGGUUUUCGACCCACCGCCAACCCCUUAUCUCCUCCAAUAUCCUUAUCUUAGAUAAACUGUAGUAUUUGCGGUUACGUAGAGUUGUAUUCAUGAUUAGUUUGUUAUCAUAUGUUAUGAUGUUCAGUGCCCGUUCCACUGACCUUUAUCAUGGGCGUGCUUCUGUGGAAAAGUACGAGAAUAAAUCUUUUCCCUUUGUUUGCCAAA